AUGGAAGAUUCCAAAACAGUAGAGACAAUCUCAUCAGACCAUGGCGAUAGUGUUGGGUUGAGCCAAAAUGCGUUGAAGCUCCUAUCCAAAAGGUUCGAGCACGUCUAUGAAGUGGAUCAAGUUAGGGGAAUAUACCUGAAGCCAUCUACUCUACGAGGCACGCCAACUAAGAAACUCGUGGAAUCUUCACCCGAGUGGGAUCCAUCAUGGGCAUCACUGGAUGACUAUCUGAAGAACGAACAAAAGGAACAACAAGCCAAGACGGAGACCCGUGAACAGCUGGCCUAUACUCGACUAGUCGGUAAAGACUUGAACAGUCUCCUUAAAAGGCACAAAAGACACCAGGAUAAUUGCAGCAAACAUACCAAAAUCCUGGAAAUCUUUGGGCCAGACACCACCUAUCACCCGAAUCAGCUCGUGGCACGACAGCAUUUGCCUAGAGAGGGAUUGUGUGACCAGGAGAUAAUGUAUAAGCUGGCAUGUAAAGUAUCCAACAUGCAGACCUUGGAAAAGUUUGGCUAUCUUAAGAUGGAUCCAUGGGACUUUAUACGGUGGAGAGUCAACAACCUCUUGACCCAUGAACUCCCACAUGCCGCAGCCAGGGGUACCACCAUUAUCAAAACGAUCGUUUCAAGGCUUGGAAGUCAUCAAGAGACAAAUUCCGGGUUUGUUGACCCCUACAUGAGAGAACUGGUACUAUUUGCAGCCAGGUUUGAGCAGCGCAGCAACUGCUACGGAUCAAGAAGAGCGAAGGCGGUUCGAGACCGCCCGACAGUUGAAGCGUUGUACCGAUUUAACUCACUUCCGACCAAACUAUUUAGAAGUUUGCCUAUAUGCACAUCAGUUCAAAAGCGUAAAACGGCCAGAGUUAUUGCUAAACAGUCAAAUGCUCCAAAGCGAAAGCAUCUAGCAUCAGGCACGGGUUACACUGGCGUAAAUAACUUCAGGAAACACCAGACUUCGACUCCAGGGAUUUGACUUGAAGGGCCACCGGUUGAAAUAUAACAAUGCGAAGCUCUCACUUGAUAUACGACGUAAUAUUUCACGUUGGAUGGGAUCCAUUUACUAUCAUUAUGGGAAUACCUUAUGCCUACUGGGUAGGGAUGGCACAAUCGGGACCCAACGGCAUCUUCCGACGACACGUACUUCACCGUUCUUCAAAUUUUAACUGACGAUGGGUUAUAGAUUGAUAUUGUAAUACUAUAUGGUUUAGCUUGUUCGGGUUGGUCGACGUUAGCCAUGCUCCAGAUGCAUUAUUCCAGCAGUUUGCUGGUGGUGGUGGUAGAGGAAGCACAUAUGAAGUUUACGCACUCCAGGUCAGUAGCUAGUAUGAAUUAUUAAAUAUACAGAUUUUUUUAGAACAAAUAUAUGAAAUGGCGCAUGGA